AUCUACCUGUUCGAUGUAAUAGUGUGAUUACAAUUAUUUCAUUUUCAAUUCUUGAAUCGUUCAAAAGUUCAACACUUAUACGGUGCUUGUUAUAGUUAUAUACAAUUAAACGCAAAUUAAUAAAUUAAAAAACGUAAUAAAAUGGCUGCCGAAGGAGGAAUUAAAGUUUUCACACGCGAGGAAGUUUCAAAACAUAACACAAACAAGAACACCUGGCUAAUUAUCCACAAUAAUGUGUACGAUGUAUCGGAAUUUUUAAAUGAGCAUCCCGGUGGUGAAGAAGUUCUCAUCGAACAGGGCGGUAAAGAAGCUACAGAGAGCUUUGAAGAUGUCGGUCACAGCUCGGAUGCGCGUGAAAUGAUGGCAAAGUACAAAAUUGGCGAACUAGUUGAAGCGGAACGUACGAAUGUGCCUGAGAAGAGCGAACCCACAUGGAAUGCGGAUCAGAAGACGGAAGAUUCUUCAAUGCGUUCAUGGCUGUUGCCAUUGGUACUUGGUUUACUUGCUACAGUUUUAUAUAGAUAUUUCUUCAAAGUGUAAAAUGUAAAACCAAAAAAAAAAAAAACAGAAAAAAUGAAACGCAAUCACGCUAACUUACAUUUUUACGAUCGAUUUCCUUUAUCGUUGAGCGGUAAAAUUUAUUUAUAAAACCAUUCCCCACUCAAUUAAUUAAUUAGUUAAUAAAAGUGUCAUUUGCAUUUAUGUAUAUUUAUAAAAUGUACUUGCACAAAAAAAAAUAAUAACUAAACAAGAAGAAGAAAACAGUACCAAAAGAUAUUUCUAAUAUUUUGCAUACAAAUAAAAAGUGAGAGAAAAUGGUUGCUGCUUGCUUAAUAGAUAAAUUUUACCAUAUGUAAUUUUUAAAAGAUAAAAAUAAAAAAAUAAAUCUUAUACGUACAUGUCUUUACAUUGUAAUAAUGAGGAGGAAAUUAUACAAAUAAAUAUGUAUAAGAAAUUGGGUAA